UACAUCAUCAUCAACAUCAACAACUACACGAUUGAUAUCUCGAAUUCCAAUUUUGGGGGUUUGCGCCGCCUCUGAAGUUGGAUACAUACCCUUUCCCUCACGAUUCUAAAGAGAUAUCUGCAUCUUAGUUUGAGGCUCAGCUAAAUUAGAGCUGAACAUCAAUACUUUAGUUUUGUUAGUUGUUAACUAGCUUCGGAGGCUCACAACUGGUUUGUAGCCUCCUUCGUCAUCAUUGAUGUUAGUUUCAGGCCCAUACGUCUUUAGCUUAUUAGCUAAGACCUAGUUUUGGAAGCACCUGCCCGAAGCAUAUUGCUCUCUUCUCCAUUUGACGGCGACUAUGUCUUAGGAUCGAUUGAGCAUCAACAGUCGACAUCCUAUUGUGCUUCAUAGCUAAGACUAGUCAGCUUCAUGCUAUUAUCAACUACGCCAUAGCUUUCAUUAUGCUGAAUUUGUCUAAUUCGAACGAUGCCCAAAACCAAAGCGCACCUGCGCAGCUCUCGUCGCGUUCCUUCACUGAAAGAUAACGAGAUUGAUCAUGAAAUUAGUCUUGUCGACCAUACCGCGUUGAACGAAGAGCCUCCAACGCCUAAUUCUACUAUUAAUAUCGACCAUUCCACUUCAAAUCAACCCUUGAUUUCGUCCGAUAGUCGAUCUCCGUCAACGCAGCCUCCCGAAACUGAGGAUGGUCAACCGAAACCCAAUGCCGAUGUGGAGGCUGGUCCUUCAGGCGAACAGGACACGUCGCAGACUUCUACGAAAGACACUGAAGAAUCGGUGACAGGAAAGAAAUCUGUCUCAAAAGAAAAUGACACAAAAAAGAGCUACGUUAGCAACAAGCGCCGUACUCGAUCGCCGAAAGACUACGAGACGGCCAUUGAUAUACUAUAUGAGAACCAGCGUGGUGGAUUCCUCUGUGGCAUCCCUCUCUUCUCUUCCGCAGCAUUGGGCAAUCUGGAUCCCACACCAUGGACCAAUUUUGCGCAUAAACCUAGCCCUACAGAUAUCAACACCGCACAAGUCCCCGAUCCGAGCUGGGAAUGGGCUUGGCCUGAAUGGCGCAUAAAUCGCGACGAGACCAUCCAGACAGAUAGCGACGGUUGGGAAUAUUCGUUUAUGUUCGCCAAGGUUUUCUCAUGGCACGGACCUAAGUGGUAUAACUCGUUCGUGCGGAGGAGAGCAUGGAUUAGAAGACGAAUAAAAAAGGGGAUUGGCUAUCAGGCGAACGACGCGCAUCUAAUGAACCCCGAAUAUUUCUCAGUCACUCCUACGAGGAGGGAUGGGGAACGAACGAGCAUCGAUCAACUCACCGCCCGCAUAUCUCAAGAAACUCAUAGAAUGUCCCGAGAUACAAGGCGAGGCGCCGAAGAUGAUUAUGAAAUUAAAGUAGAAAUAACUACUGUUCAUGACCUGAUGACGGUUCUUAGGCGGUCGCGCAUCGAUCGAGAAAGGCUCGAGGCUAUGGAAAAUUAUAUCGAGCAUUGCUCGGAUGAGUUGCGGGAAUUGGACGAGCACAUGCAUGAGAUUAUGUCCUUAUUCGUAUUCCAAGCGACCAGGAAAUUACUCUUAGCACGGCUCAUAAAAUUUCAUGACGAGCAGGUAGACGAACGAGAUAAGGGAGGCAAAGGGAAAUCACCCGCGAUCCAUCAGAUGGCCGAAAAUCUUGUUGCUGCAAUCAAGCAUGCUGACGAAGAGCUCCGGCGGCUGGAAUAUUGGAGCGACAUCAAGGAUAUGGCCGAGAGUGGCGAGUCUAGAGGCGCUGUGGACUGCGGGAAAGGUUGGGAUCGGACUUGGGAAGGAUUGGACAACAGCGGUCCUAAGGGAGUUAAAGACGAGAGCGAACUUCCGAAAUGAGCUCGCUUAUUUGCUUAUGAUACACGAUGUAGCGCUACACUUGGAAUUCAGGAGAGGCGCAAGAGUCUUGGGAUACCAUUAGAAUGGGGGCUGAGAAGGAAGUGGGUAGGAGAUAGUGUCGCACAGCAUGAUAUCAACCAAAAUAUUCUUGAUACCUAUCGGCCGGAGGGUUUCGACCGUUCGCGAUCUCCUGCGGCUUGCUGAUUAUAGAGGCCUGCAGGAGUCAGCCGCAGGAAAGCCUAGCUUGUGGCACACGGUUUUUAUAUGAGUGGCCGGGCCGAGAACGGCGUCAAUACGACGAUGAACGGCCAUCGGCCAUUUCAAGUUACGUGGUGAGCGAGAGAAGAGCAAGGUAAAAAUGGUUAUCUGAGCAAUCCGCCAUGAACGCCUCCGCAUAAUAUUGACGUUUUUUGGCUGUUGUGACCCAAUAUUGGGGCGCGUGGCGUUUAAGAUUAUCGAUUCGAGCUGAGGAUGGCGCCGGCUCGAAGUCAAUAUGGCUUUAGCUGACAAACCAAAGAAAGCGCACCCUCGUUAUCGAUUUGUUGUAGAACCUCUGCUAGAAUAUACCUAGGUA